GCUGUUAGAGAAAAUCCACUCCAGACAGAUGCAGUUCCUCUUCUCCAGCUCGACUAGGAGGCAGCUUUAAAACUUCAGAGUGGAGAAAGAAGCUCUCCACACCUCCACAGACCCAUCCUUUUGUUCUCUCUGUCCUCUUUGCUGCGGCUGCUUAGAAAAGGACCUUACAGUCUGGAGACCUUAGACAGCUAGAUCUGUGCAUCUGCAGGUCAGAUGCUCUGUGCAAACUUGUCUUUCUGCAGCUAGCUUUUAAAACUCGGAGCUUCUCCUUGAGUACGUCUGGUCUGUUUUGUCCCAGUCCGUGGUGUAUUUUCAUCGGAGGGAUGAAAGCUGAGGUGUUGGUGGUCUGGCUGGCUCUGAGCCUGUGCUGCGCUCUGGUCUGCGCAGAAGACAAUGUGAAGGAGGGUGAACUCUCCGGGGGUCGUGUUCAGGUGAGAGAAACCAGAGGAGUGGUGAGGACAGACGGGAGGCAGAGGGAGGAAGGAGAGGGGGUUGAAGUGUCAGACGAGCCGACUGAAGUGGUGGAGGAGGGGCAGACAAAACCAAAGAAGAAGAAAACACCUGAGGAGAUUGAGGCAGGUGAGUCACAACUUCUACAAACACGGUGAGACAGUCGAGAAGAGGCUGAAUUUUACUGUCAGAGCUGGAAAAAGUUUGACAAAAAGUGUCUUUCAAGGAUAAACACUCAUUUUAAUCAAACUUUUUUUUCUCAAUCUCAGCAUUUAGUCAAAUUUAAUAGGCUGAUUUAUAACUCUAAACUUCUUGUUAUGCAGACCAUAUUUAUUAUCAUAUCAUCAUCCUCUUGCAGCAAACCACAAAGUGCUGAAUUGAUCACAGAGAGCAGGUUAACUAAGUGUCUCAGAAGUAGAAACGGACAGUGUGGAUCAAAGAAAGUUUGGUACUUUUGGUCCCCAACAGAAGGAAGAGUCUGAUUUAGGGCCCUUGUGUUGUGAUGGGAGCACCAGGCGCUUUUUUUUGGCAGAGCAUAGCAGAGUGAAAGUGUGGACCUGGAGGAGUUAUUCCAGGUGGGCAGGAGCUGUUUGUGUUGCCGUUAUUGAAGCCAGAAGUGGCGUUUUAAAUUUAAUGCAAGCUGCAACAGGAAGCCAGUGUAGAAGGAUGACAUACUGGUUUGGGUUGGCUUCAGACCAGACGGGCUGUUGGCUUCAGACUAGACAGGCAUCUGCAGAGGUUUGACUGUGCUUACAGGGAGGUCUGCCAGUAAGGAGUUGCAGUUGUAAAUCUGCAAUAUUAUGAGAGCCCUUCCCAGAAGCUGUGCUGUGUUUUUUUGUCUAGUCAGGUCUGAUCCUCCUGGUGUACAUGGUGACUCAUCAUGACUGAGUAACUGAUGCCACAUGGACCUUAAAGACCCCCAAACUUAGUGGGCAUAGUCUGGUUUGAUCCAAGCUGGAUAAUGUUUUGAGGUUGUGUGGAGGAACUGGCUAGAAAGAUAAAAUGCUCAGUUGUGGACAGGUCAAGCUGUAGAUGGCAGUCCUUCAAAUAUUUACAACCAAAUAUUACUGAAACCUAAUGAUGGUGAUUCAGUCCGAGACAACUUUGUCAUCUAGUGGGACAGUCAGAAAGAGCAGGGAAUCAUCUGCAUAGCAGGAGGCAAAACCAGAGGAGGGCUGGGUAGAGCUGAGCCAGAGGGAAAAACUUUCAGUGUAUCAGUCGAUGGACAUUCUUACCCUACACUAUGGUCACUAUCAAGACCCAGUUUUAUUCAAAACCCAGUCCCCUUUUCUAUGCAUAUGUGAGGUGUUCAAGGUCAGGUCAGAAAAAAUUAAUUAGGCGAAAGUUAAUAUCACAUUAUAGUGAUGUGAACAAAUGUCAUGUCCAGCCAAAAGAAAAAAUGUUUUUGGUGAAAAAUGUGUAGUAGAAAGUCACUGAUCCAGCAAUAAAAGCAAUGCUGGUCCUGUUAAAAGACAUGGUCAUCUUGGCUUCCUACCAAACAACAGAAAAGACUCAAUAACUGUUUCAAUAAGAACUCGAAUCAUUAAAGAGUUUCCACAAAGGUACCAUCAUCAAUAAAAUGUGACAAAAGAAUAACAUCAUAGAUAUAAAAUUGACUUCACUAAAAAGUUUUUCCUUUCAGUUUUUUUUGUUUUUUGUUGAUCCAACGGUUAAAUCUUCUCAGUGCAGAGUCAUGAGCAUGCAGGUUAAAUAUGAUGGUUUAUUGACCUCUCUUCUGCUCUGAGCUCGCAGCCAAGACUGAUGAUACACAGACAGGAAAGGCUGCAAUCAAUCUCUGAGGCAGGCAAACCUUUGGUUUGGACUCUGUUAUCUUCAGAGCUCUUACUCCACAUUUCUCUGCAAAAAACCUCUCCAAGCUCCACACUAAUUGCUAACGAACAAAAAAACAAGGUAGCAAGGCAACAAAUCAGGAGAAAUAUUACAAAAUAAAAACAACACCUAUAGUUCUGCUAACAGAAAUGGUAAAAUCUGUUCUAAAAAAUGCAGCCUGCUAACAAAAACUCUGCAAUAAAAUAGUCAGCCAGUGCCUCUAUUUCCAUGCUUUUGCAAUUUCCAGUAAAGAAGUAAUGAAUAUCAAUCUUGAAACAAGAGACAUGCUUGAACAUAAAACCCUCCUAAAAAGAAUAUGUGUUCCGUAAAACAGAGUUCAUCGUAUGUGCCCCAGAUUUAAGACAUUAAAGCUUCAUUUUUUGCAGAGUUUGAGUCAGAAAGCUGAUGCUGCAGCCUUGUUUGUUUUCCUGAUGACUUUCCAAAACCAGAACACUGGAGGACUUGUGGAUUUUGUUUGGAUGAAGAAUCUCUGAGUGAUUCAGAGAUGACGAAGCAGAAACUUCCAGUUAGAGCUUCGACAAUUUCUUGGCUCCCUGACCACACCACCGUUGCAUGACCUGCUUUCCCUGCCAGGAGUCCAGGUUGUGGACACGAGGGUAAAAACUUUGGGCAGCUUGUUUAGUCAACACAACAAUCAGAGAAUAAGUUUCUUCUCUGUCUACGCCUCAGUUCAGUGAAAAACACAAAGUCUGAACAGCACAAAUAUUUCCACUACCAUUUUUCCGUUAGUUAGCAGAUGGCAUUUACGAGAGGACCUACUUUCAAUAGCACUGAUUCAAUGGCUCUGACUGAUGUUCACUUUCCGCUGCAUAAAGCAAAACCACAAACCAGAGCAGCCAGAGCUCCUAGCGUGGCUGAUUUCAGUUACAUAAAAAGGGCCAUCAUGAACAAAACCCUGAACUGUUUCUAAGGUCUUUGUUACUAAAGGGAAGCGUUUGCCAAGUAUGCAAUAUCUUAACCUGAACUGUCACAGCUGAAUAUCAGCGUCACUCCUUCAUCUCCUGCACAGAGCCCAUUUGAAACCCAUAAAGAACGCUUUUACCUGCAUAUCUGAAAGCCUGUAAAAAUGUCAUCGAGCUCCCAUGAAAAGGGAUUUCCACUAUUUUAAUGCAGGCCACUGGUUUCUUUCACAUACUUGAGUGUUACUGGAUUAUUAAGUAUAAAUUAUGUUAAACAACUCCUGUAGGUUUUCUCCGACUUGAAAAGGAAACUGACAUGCUGGGAAAAUAUUAGGGUCUGGAUCAGAGGAGGACUCAGGCUGUUUGUGGGGGAGGGGAAUGAAAAGGGCACCUCCUGUAUGCCAUAGGGAACCAAUGCAAACAAAAAUUAACACAGAUAUACUAUAUUUUAGACCACUUCAUAGCUCUUCACUAUGGGGGCUGGAGGUUUGUCUUGGAAAUUUUGAGUGUAGUUCAGCUAAGAUUUCAUACUGACAUCUCAGAAAGGAGCCAGAUUUAUGCUAGUUUUUAUGUGAAAAUAGGUUAACCAAACCCCGAUUUACUCUAUACACAGUCAUAAGACAAAGCUUUAGACUUCUGUCAUCACUCUCGGAUUAAAAUCAUCGAUACGGCUCGCUAAUAAAGACAGUUUUCAGGUCCUGUAAAGUUUAAUUUUUGUUUCUGAAUAGCACUUACUCUGUUACCACUGUGAACUGGGUUGAUCUAACCGCUCCUUGACUUGAGAUUAAUGCCAAACCAACAGUCAUAAAUAGGGCAUCAUAAAUAAUUUUAAAAAAGCUCAUAAGCUUUCAUUCUUUUACACUUUGAGGAAAAGUUUUGCUGGCUGGUUUUCACCCCAAAUUCAGAGUGAUAAAAACCAAACAACCUUUCAUUGGUUUCAUUCUUGGUUUACUGAGCUGUGUAAUGUUAUUUUAGCCACAAAAAGGCCAAAAACAGGUGACUGACAGUAUAAUGCCAGGUACACAGCAGGUGAGUAAUGGACUGGCUGUGAGGUGAGGGCUGUGUUGUGCUUAAGGACCAGUGGAAAGUCAGGAAUCAUGUCUAGCAGAAGAAAACAAGCCGCCCUCUGAGUCUGGAGAUGGUUACAUAAUGAAGGUGGAUUAAAAACUUUCUGCAGAUCUCCUCUCUGUAAUGUUCAGUGUGCUUUAACCUGAAACCUGCUAUCUUAGACUUUUAGUGUUUGAACACAGUUUCUCAUUAAGACAGUUAAGGGGGCGUUCAGGAAUGCCGAGCUGAUUGCAGAUCAAACAGUUUAAGUGUGGGGCUCUGAAGUCGCCCACAUCCAUCCAUUUGUAAGCUUUUACCUCUGUCAACUUAAGGCUUCAACAGCAGGACACAGGAUUUGGACACAUCUUAAAAACACUGGGUUUACACAAACUAGAAAUAAACCCUAUAGACCAAAUUAAAAUAUCAGAUUUCGCUGACUUGGUUACUCUUCGUGAAGUUAGUGGGUAGUUGCUUUUGUCAAUUUUUCACCCAAAAUCCUCCCUCAACCCAAUCCCUAAAACUGAUGUUAACCAGCCUGAUAAUAGGCAUGUAUUAAACACAACAGUAUUGUCUGCAUACCAAGAAAUAGAGUAGGCCGCGCAUACCUUACUCAACAGUUCAGGGUCUCCUUUGUCCUAUUUUUGGUGUCAUGAUGCUCCAAAUGUUUUCAAUGGGGGACAAGUCAGGACUGCAGGCAGUUUAUAGAAUAGAAUAGAAUAUUGCUUUAUUGAUCCCCCAUAGGGGAAAUUUUUUGUCACAGCAGCAUCACAGAUAAAAAUCAGCAAGACUCUUCUACUACAGAGCCUGUGGCAUCCAUAAUUCCCAAAAUUAAUGCUAAAUUUUAAUGUCAGACUACAGUUUUUGGCAUUAAAUUUAAAAAGAGGAUAUAGUUUUUACAGAAAAUCUGCGUCUCUACAUUGGUUAUGUUGUCUUUUCAUUUUCUUAAUAUUUAGCAUGGGCUUUAUGGUUCAAAAUCUGUUCUUAUCAACAUUGUGGCAUCUCAGCUCUUUUGGAAUUGAGACUGGAUUGAAGAAACUUGAUCUGAGUUAGUUUGUUGACUUUACUGCUCGAGUAGAUUCAAGGCUGCAAACGGUUAUGUUUUGUGCUCAGUAUUUUUUCUCACCCUACUCUCAGGUCACUCUUUUUGGACUCUUAUCUAACUUUUCCAUCAUGAACAGUGUAAAGUUUGGCCUGUCAGAGGAGCAGCUGUCUGGGGAGGUCAUUAGACUUUGGCUCCGAGUUCUUUUUUGUCUGGUCUCAGACCAAAACAAACCAGAGCCGCCUGAGUCCUCUUUCAGAACCAGGUCCUGCUGCUUUAUGUGUCAUGGCCUCUGUGUGUGUCUGAGUCUUAGCUUUAAUAUUGUUUUAUUGGUACAAAAUGACGUUAGCAGUACAAACAUCUCUGCUUACAAACAUAUAAAGAAAAACUACAGAGAAACGUUCUACUGUUUAGGUUCAUACUAACUUUUUAAAAGGAGUUUAAAAGCUGCUUUAUGAGACAAACUCUCUCAUGAAUCCAGACAAGUAACUGUCUCCCUGUUUAACCUUCUCUCUCUGAAGCCAGGGCAAAGAAAGCAGCCGAGAAAGAAGCCAAAGCAAAGAAGCAGAAAGCCCCGAAGCCUACAAAGAAGCCCAAACCACCCAAGCCCACCAAAAAACCCAAACCACCUAAACCCACAAAGAAACCCAAGGCGCCCAAAGCUACCAAGAAACCAAAGACCAUGACCACAGUCGAGACGGGCACCAGACACCCGUCUCUGGAGGAGGAGGAGGAGAAGCUGAUGAUUGAGCUGGGCUGGGACACAUGUAUGUUAAAACAGUAUAUGUUUAAGAAAAUCAGGGGUUUCAGGGUUUCUAUGACUUCAACAGAUGCUGCUGUCCUUUUAAAAUAUCUGGAAAAAAUUGUGUAAUUCAAAGUUUUUAAGCCUCAGAAAACUUAACAUUUUUCCUGUGGAAAAACAAAGAUCUUUUUAGCAGUUUACUCUGAAUAUUACUCAGCUUCACCUACUCUUGAUCAAUCUGAUGGGAUAGUUGGAUGCCGUCUUAUAAAUCAACCUUAUUUCUGCUCUGCAGUGUUUCGACCUGUGACCCCAAAGAGUCCUGAAACCUGGGUAGAGCCUGUUGAACCAGACCUAGGUGAGUCUUUUAUGAGUCUAUACAUCAUAAAUGUAAGAAAACAGCAGCGAACUUCCUUAGGAUAUAUUUCCUUUGUAAUGCCUGAUGACGCCUGAGCGGGUCAAAACAUUGAUGUGGGGUUCAGUCCUGUUACAUAAUGGCAAAGAUUUCACUCUAACUAUUCUAUAAUGUUGCUUCUCUGAUGAUUUAAGUCGGUCCUAUUACUUCACAGACCGGGUGCCUAAAAAGGAGGCCACAACCACAGAAGUCAUCAUGUACAUACCAGGUAACCCUUAAUUUAUUUAACAUAUGGUAUGUUUUUAUUUUGUGUUAAUAGUGUGACAGUGAAAUAAAAUUACUGAGGUAUUCUGGAUAAAUGAAUCAGUUAAAUUGGACAGCUUGGCCAUCAAAGUAUGUUGCAUUCAUCCCUGUUAAGUUUCCAAAAAAAGUGGAAACUUUAUUAAUUGUUGGUACAGCUUGAGGGUUUGCGAAACAUUAAAAUUUUGUAUACAGGCCUAAUUCACAGAGGGUCAAAAAAAUUUUAAAAAUAUGUAUACACAUAUAUAUGUGUGUAGAGAGAGAGUAUGAGAGAGAGAGAGAGAGAGAGAGAGAGAGAAAUAUGUAUUGGUUAUUUAAUUAAAAGGAACAUUUCCUGACUGAGCACAUUGAAUUGCAUCAGGUUAGUAACAUAGAGGGGUAAAAAAACAAAAAAAGGGGGGCGGGGGUCAUCAUCUACGGAUUCAGAGAAUGUGGAAAUCUCUGUACUAAAGGGACAAGGACCAGAACCGAGACUUGAUGGUCCUGAUCUUUAGAGCAUUAAAACAGACACGACUCUGGAGUGGGAAUCAUGGCAUGGACUCAGGAUCACUUCAGAAACCACUGACUGUGAACACAGUUCAUCACUGCAUCUACUAGUGUCGCUGCUCCUGAGGAACAUUUUUAUGGAUUUCUAUUGGAUUUUUAUCACUGAUUAAUUAGCAAGAGCACUUUCUAAACUUAUACUUUACAUGUCAGAAUCCAUCAAUAAGGUCCUGUCUCCUCUGUACAGCACCUUUGUGGAGUCUCUCCUUGUUAUUGUUCCCUGGGCAUCGGGUCCUCACGUUGCUCUGGCACAGCCAACGGCACUCCAUUCGCCAGUGCAACAUUUUGCAAAACUGUACUGGCCCAAAUGAUGUCCCACACCCUUUCAGGAGUGUACAACAACGUCCUCGCUGCUGGACCAAGACAGAGACACCUGCCUUUUAGGAGUCAAACACAGCGCUCCACAGUGGCGCGUGUGUGCGUAAUGUUAAAACGGCGCUCCUGCUCUGUGGCAGUGUUUCUGGGCAGAGUUGUCAAAUAGGCCUAUUCACUAAGGACAUAACAAACUUAUUUUAUUUUAUUUACGUCUUUAAUCUUUCAUAAAAUCUGGCUGAUUGUGCUUAAUGACAGGUUUGAGGUUUGUUUAUCAACUAUUUUGAGACAGACAUUUGCUGCUCCGCAGAUCCACACUGACUCAAACUUGCGUACACGAUGUCAGACCUGUCGUGAGAUUUGGUCGUAGCGUACGCUCACGUGCAGAUUGAUUAAUGCCGAUCCUCGCUUCAAAAUUUUCGUACGCAAGGUGUACGCAAGUUUUCUGCCGUACGCAAGCUUGAUAAAUGAGGGCCAAUGACUUUUUCAGGGAAGACAUUUAUAUGAUCCCAAACCACAUUCUGACAACAGGGAUUACAACAGCAUGGCUCUGUAGGAGAUCAUCUCACUCUGUUUCUGUAUAUAUUUAACCCUUUUCUCCAAACAAAGAUUACAGUUAAUAUUUUACAGGAUUUGUGAAGUUAAAAAACGUUGUAACAGAAAAGUCUAGCUUUGACCUUUUCUUGUUUGUGCUUCAGAGGAUACCACUGUUGUCCCUUAUGUCGGCCCCUGGUACGAAGAAUAUGACUAUGCUGACUGUAAGUCCAAUGUUUGGAUGAUAAUAACUCCCAGUAAAUCCAGUAACUACUAGCAAAUGAUAAUGUGUGCUUUAGUUUGCGAUUGUGGCGAGGGUAUGAGUUUGUUUUUUGUAUCUGGUCACUUUUUCUUUUAUUGUAGUGGCCGCAAAGAAACAGGAGGAAGAGGAGGAGAGAGCGAGGAAAGAAAAGGCAGAAAAAGGUUUGUAUUUUGUAACUUUGGGUUCAACUUCAGAUUUCCCCUUCAUUUGUGAUUAUGGGUUAUCAGUGAUAACAAUAAGAAAAUGAGGCUUGUAAAGAAAAAGGGGGAUCAGUUUCAAACAGCUGCUCUGCUCCGGGUCUUUUUGUAGGUUUUUAACUGAAGCUCAAAGUCCAGCUGUACGAUGUAAAAAUGAUCUCAAGUACAGUGAGUGAUAACCAUCUGCUGAAGUGUUACUCAAUAUUUUGGCAUGUUCACUUCAGUCAAUUUAAAAGUUCCAGAAAUCUUCUAUGAGCCCAAACAGCAUGAAGAUAUUAAGCCAAACAGACUGAUCUGACCCACAUUUCAGGCUGGAGACACAUGAGGAAUGCACGAGUGGGAACAAGGUUGAACUGUACGAGCACAUAUGGAAAUAUUUUGUGUGGCGGCGGUUUGCUGAAGAGCAGGGUCCAUGUAAAGAAAAACAUGUUUUGACACAUAUUGUUUUGUCAUUACGCUGUGAAGCCGAGCGGCUGAGGAAGCAGUGGGAGGAGGAAGAGGAGGAGAGGCUGAGGCAGAUGUCAGUGCCUGUUGAGCCCAAAAGUAAGAAAAACUCCACGUUUGUUUGUCUAUAUCUUCUUAAGUCUGAAACCCCCACAUUAAAAAGAAAAUAACUGCCCCCAGCUCCUCUGCUGUAGAGACAGAGGACUGUUUCGAGUUAUUUGUCCUGUUUGUGUUUUCUCUCUCAGAGUGUCCUCCUCUGGGUUUGGAGUCUCACCGGGUGGAGGACGACCAGCUGCUGGCCUCCUCUCAGUCCCAUCAUGGCUUCACGGCUCAGCGAGGACGACUCAACAUGCAGGUAAAAACCAGAAGAACUAGAAACAAUAAACUAUCUUUAAAAAAUUAUGCAGUUGAAAAAAACAGUGGUCUCUUUUCAGGGUUCAGAUAAUGAGGACGACCUCUACGGCGGGGCAUGGUGUGCAGAGCCAGAGGAGUCUAACCACUGGUUUGAGGUGGAUGCCAGACGGGAGGUGGAGUUCACAGGGGUCAUCACUCAGGGGAGAAACUCAGAGACUAUGUGAGUCUUCAAAUGCACACAUUUGUGCUGCUGUGAUCCAUUGUUGUGUUCCAAUUUCUGCCUAAUCUCAGAGCCCAUCAGCUAUCUUCUGAUCAUGAUGUUUCUGGGAACGAGAUCAAAUUUUCUGAAUUUACAGGGCAGCUCCUCACAAAUACAGGUCAAAACUGGACCAUGCAAAGAGGAAACCAUGCCUAAACAUGAUCCAGACACACCGGCAACUUAACAGGGCCCAAGACUCAAAAUUUAGCAUCAUUUUUGGAAAUUAUGGACCCUUAGUCCUCCACCAUUGAGGACUGCACUGUCCUGCAUUGUUUACAGUCUAUUUAGUAACCUUGAGAAGCAAUCAUGAGGUCAGAGCAAAGGCUUUAACACCUUCAUCAUCUUACUCAUCAUUUUUGGUAGGGGUACUUCAAAGCUAAAUAUGGUGGUGAUCAUCAUACUGGAAAAGCAAACUCAACCAAACAUUCAGUGGGUCUAGAGAAGGCCUUUCUCUGGUAGGUCAACCAUACAUUAGAUUGGGUCAGCAUUUUCAAUAUGGCAACUGCUUCUAGUACACCUCAAAACUUUGCUUCAGAAACAAACAGUAAACUGAAGCUAGAAUACAACCAUGUAUAAUCAAUGGCUGUAAAUCUAUGAGCUCUGCACUUGCAUACAGAUAUCUGUUAAUAGAAAGAAAUAAAUCGUCAGAUUUCUGCGGACAAGAGCUGGGAUGCCAUUUUGGUGGAUUGUGUUCUGCUUGCUUGCAGACCGUUUCUCAUGCAGACACCAAGAUACUGAGCCAGUAUUCUCAUUGUCUUUCCAGCGAGGAUUUUGUAUCCUCUUACUAUGUGGCUUUCAGUAACGACAGCCGUGACUGGACUGUGCUGCAUGACGGCUAUGCUGAAUGGGUAACAGCAACUUAAAUUAAGCAAAAUUUAGCUAAACAGCAAGUAAUUACGAUAAACUCUGGUUUAUGAGAUCUUUUCUUUCUGCAGCUGUUUUACGGGAAUGUGGAUAAAGACACGCCAGUGAUGAGUCAGUUUGCUCCCCCUAUUGUCGCUCGCUACAUCCGCAUCCUGCCCCAAAGCUGGAAUGGCAGCUUGUGUAUGAGAGCUGAGAUCCUCGCCUGUCAGCUACCAAGUCAGUACAGCACUGAGACAACACCGCAGUAACACCAACAUCUGCAGGAUUUACAGAAUGAAAACCUUGUUCAAAGCUGGAGUUUUACAGGUUUUUACAGCCUCAUGAGUCAGUCUCAUUCCUUCGAGGAGUAGGUCAUAGCUGAUUGGAAAAAAAAAAACACAACUUUAGCCAAAAUUGGAGCUAGAAUGGUUUCACCCAACAAGAGGCUGUUUCACAACAUGAACUGCUCAACCUCCGUGUUAGAAAAUGUGUUACAUAACUAACACAGAAAGAUACAACAUUUUCCAACAUUACCAACAUGUUUUUUAGAUGAGGUGUCAGCAAUAAGGACUAGAGACUUUGCACAUGCCUACUCCACUGACACAGCCAAACUUGCACCCUAAUGGUGCUCAGUUUUGACUGUUUUCUUUCCUUUAGACUGGUAAUCUAAAUGGACAGGCUAAAUGUCUCUAUUUUCCUUCAUAUAAAACAUCACAUGGCCAAGUGUCUGUAAAAUAUUAGGGAGUUAUGCAGUGAAAAUAUUCAUCUGAUAAGUGCCUUUGUGUAGAAAUGAAGACUGACAAAGCACUAAUACGUUGUGUCUUUUAGGCAGCCACCAAAGUGAGAAUGAAGUCAACCCCACAGAUGACCUGGACUUCAGACACCACAACUACAAAGAAAUGAGACAGGUUUGCCAAAUAAAAGAUAAAGUCCUUUAUAGGCAGGUAACUGUAAAGAUCAACAUUAUGAAGGUUUUUGUCCAUGUUGCUGUUUUCCAGAUGAUGAAGGUGAUAAAUGAGGAGUGUCCAAACAUCACCAGGAUCUACAACAUUGGUAAAAGCGCUCAGGGCCUGAAGAUGUACGCAAUGGAGAUCUCUGACAACCCUGGGGAGCAUGAGACCGGUAUGAGGGACGGAAGGUUAAUGAGUCAGCUCUCAGCAUACCAGCUGUCAAACCAAACUCACAAUUUAGAAUUGUAAUUGAGGAAAUGAACAGAAAUGGUCUUAUAUAGAGGUCUAGGUCAAAAACUGCUGGUCUUACGAACUCAAAACUUUACCCUCUUUUUCUGCACACAGGAUUUGAUUUCAGGGACUCUUUACUCACUGUUUGUAAGCAGUUUAUUUUCUUUCUUGUCAGACAUUAAAGGUUAGAAUAUAGUCUUUAACAUUUUUUCCAGCCUGAAUGACUUUUACAAACUUGAACCUUCCCUGCUCUUCCAGCAGACGUGUUUUCUUUGGGUAGAAGUGGAUUUCAAGGGUAUUUGUUCCUGCAACUGAUAAAUCUAGAUGGUCUUCUUGUUUGUCUUUCUGUCAACAGGUGAACCUGAAUUUCGGUACACUGCUGGUCUCCAUGGUAAUGAGGCACUGGGUCGAGAGCUUCUUCUGCUUCUGAUGCAGUUCCUGUGUAAGGAGUACAACGAUGAAAACCCCAGAGUGCGCCGCCUGGUGGACGGAGUGAGAAUACAUCUGGUACCUUCACUAAACCCGGAUGCUUAUGAGCUGGCAUUUGAAAUGGUACGGAAAACCAACAUGUUAACAAAUUUUACAAACGGAAGUGUUCUUUUCAUAGCAGACACUUCCCAUAAAUCUUAUCAGUACCUCCAAAGGGAAUUGUUCUUUUUCUUGACUUCUCCAUAACUCAGGCUUAGUCAUAAAGAAAUCUGGCCGAUAUCCCAAAGUAGACUACAGUUGAGUGACAGUGACUGAUGUUUUUGGAGAUCACAUGAUCCUCCUUCUUGUCCUCCAGGGCUCAGAGAUGGGGAAUUGGGCACUGGGCCACUGGACUGAAGAAGGUUACGACAUCUUUGAGAACUUCCCAGACCUCAACAGCAUAUUGUGGGGAGCUGAGGACAGAGGCUGGGUCCCUCGUAUCGUCCCCAACCAUCACAUCCCGCUUCCAGAAAACUCCCUCAACGGCUCAGUGAGUUUCAUUAUAUCACAGAUGAUCUAUUUUGAUCAUUUUAAAUCUUCAACCUUUUCCUGCUCCGACAGCUCGCUACAGAGACCAAAGCCAUCAUCUCUUGGAUGGAGCGCACACCAUUUGUACUGGGCGCCAAUUUGCAGGGAGGAGAAAAACUGGUGGCGUACCCUUUUGACAUGCAGCGUCCACCUAUUUCUGUAAGUCUAUUAUUCAUACAAAACAGUCAAAUGACUUCACUAGCGGCAAUCUUAAAAGCUAAUUAAAUCCCUAUUUGGUGUUCUUAAGUUAUCAGAGAGUCGGCGUUGGAGAAUGAAUGCUGAGAUGAACGAGGAGACAUGGGCCCGCAUUCAACGGCAAAAUGAGGGAGCUCUGAGGGAGACACCAGAUGACGCCAUGUUCAGAUGGUUGGCGAUGUCAUAUGCUCACAGUCACCUGACCAUGACGGAGACCUACAGGGGUUCCUGCCAUGGUGAUGAUGUCACAGGGGGCCAAGGCAUUGCCAACAGAGCCAGCUGGAAGCCAGUAGUGGGCAGUAAGUCUUCACUGAUGAGAUAUUAAAACUUUGUACAGUCUUUUGCCUUUAACAGAAAAUCACUGGUUAGGAGAAGCCUUGGUGGUGUAUAAGUGGGAAAGCAAGACAGGAGGGGGAAAAAUAAUGUAGAGGAGUCCUCCAUUGUUUUAGUCCUUUCAUCAUUUUGCCAAAACAUGGACAAUGGGGCAGACAAACACAAACUCUUAAAAAGAAACCGUGAUGUUGACGGUAAAACACCAGAAUUCAAAAAGCAAUGGGAGAAAUCGGAGUGGCUGUUUUAACUUCUUACUUGCAGUAUUUGGUUGGUAACAACUUAUUUAUUUUCCAUCCUUUUCUGGUGACUUCAUCCACAGGUAUGAAUGAUUUCAGCUACCUACACACCAACUGCUUUGAGCUGUCCAUCUUCUUGGGCUGUGACAAGUUUCCCCAUGAAAGUGACCUUCCCCUGGAGUGGGAAAACAACCGUGAGGCUCUCUUGUCCUUCAUUGAACAGGUAAGAACUCAAACACAUCAGAUGGUUCACCGCUAUCUUUUUUUGAGAAACUCUGAUCAAUUUUUCUGUAAAAACUGCAUUACCCUAAUGACAUCAAUAAAAAGUCUCGUUACUGGCCUAUAACUCAUCAGAUCAGUCCAUAUUGUGCCAGCCCAGCAUCACCAGAUCAGCUGACUUUGAUGAAAGGGUCUAGAACCGUCCAAUUCAUUUCACUUUUCCAUAAACUAGCAAUGGUUGCAGACAGGAGAGCAUCCAGAGGUGAUUGAGGGGACGCAAAACCAAUCAGAUUAUUGCAGAAUGUGACAUGGCCAUGGCAACAGAAAUGUAAACAAACGGCAACAUGCUGGGACAGUGCAUCCCCAGCCAUAUAAACAGAGUAGAGUGAAAUUUUAAAACAUUUCAAAUGAAGAGCUGAAAGUGAAAAAAAAUACGAACAGUAAUUUGACUAACUAAUCUUUUAUCAUUUUGGACAUUUAGAUUUAGACUUUAAUUUAACAAAUGAGAUGGCUCAAGGAUUUUAAUAAAUUUGUCCUGCACAGGUAAAUCGAGGGAUUAAAGGUGUUGUAAGAGACAUGGAGGGAAAUGCGUUAGGUAAUGCCACUAUAACUGUGGAGGGAAUAAGGCACGACGUCAGAACUGGUAAGUCUACUUUAUUUACAAAGUGCCUGAUGUUUUCAAAGUUGAAACUGAUUAGCAUAUUCAGUUCUGUGAUUAUUUUGGUCACAUGAAAACAGUUUUUGCUUGGUGAAACGAUCUCAGAUCCUACACAAUAACUUCCCCAAAAUUUCUGUCAUUACUUCAGCUGUAGGUGGUGAUUACUGGCGUUUGUUGAACCCUGGAGAGUACAGAGUGACCGCCAAAGCAGAUGGCUACACCCCUCAGACCAGACUGUGCAUGGUUGGCUAUGACUCUGGAGCCACCCCCUGCAGCUUCACUUUAGCCAAAUCCAACUGGGACCGCAUCAAACAGAUCAUGGCGAUUAAUGGAAACCGGCCCAUUCGACUAGUCCCCAAACAAGCCGUAGUGAGAACCACCCCAGCCAGCACCAUCGCCAGCACAACAGAUGGUCAUGCAGCUGCUCAGAGAGCAGAGCGACUCAGGCGGCUGAGAAUCAUACGUUUGCGAAGGCUGCGUCUACAGAGAUUAAGAGGUGGUUUAAGUUCAACUACAACAACAACAACAACCACAACUACAACAACAGCAGCGCCAACAACAAUACCAAAAACAGAGACAACAACCUCUUGGUACGACUCCUGGUUUCCUGUGGACAUUUGGUCCACUGAGAACCCAUUUGACAGCAUCAACUUUGAUGUGGGACCCACACAGGACUAUCCUUUUGAAUACACUAUUGAUUAAACACCACAUACAGUGAUCUGACCUCUUCUACGCUACACAAAGACCCUUACUAACCACUUCAGUUUGUUCCAGCAUCACAGCUUCAAAGAUUCUCAGAAUGAAUGUUUUCAUAAUUGAGCCGUCUAAAGGUUUUCACUAACUGUGCAACAAUUUGAGUUUAUAUAAAGAUGACUUUAAAUGACGAAUGACUUUAAAUUUUUAAACAUAUUGUUGGAUCGGAAUGACAUAGAAUGUACCAAAAAAAUUAGGAAUGCUCUGGCAGAUUCCUUCAGUAAGUUUCUGUUCUGUCACUGACAGGAUCAGGGGCCUGUUCUACGAAGCAAGUUUAACCUAGCGAGGUAGCCUUGGAGCUACCUCGCUCAACUUAGUGCGGUAGCCAGGGGUCUGGCUAAACAGUCUUACGACACUGUUUAUCAACCUCAUAAGUGGAUCCAGCUUUGCUAUGAGCACGUGCACGCAUGUAAGGCGGAGCCCGCCGCAUCUGACCAAUCGUGAACAUGGACCAGUCUGGAGCGUCAGAGCAGGCCGGAGAGCGAAGGACCGUGGACUUUACAAACAAGGAGCAGGAGACGAUCAUGAGAAAGUAUGAAGAAUUCAAAUCUAUUGUAAACCUCAAAAGCAACACCGUCGCCGCUGCAAAAGCACGGAGGGAAUGCUGGCAGAAAAUUAAUCUUUGAUGCCAUUAUCACCCUGAAAUAGCACUGUUCAACAUGCGCUUUUAACUAAGGUGACCAGACGUCCCCGAUUUCCGGGGACAGUCCCCGAAUGGAUGAUCUGUCCCCAGCUAAAGCUGUCCCCGAAAAUGUCCCUGACUUAAGCGUUUCAUGAAUGAGAACAAAAAUGUUUCAUGUGGGCUAGAACAACGGUUGUUACAGUGGGUAGGAAGCACAAGUAAGCAGUCCUGAACAACAGUAUUAACGGGGUUAUUAUAAGGGGCGUGUGCUGCUACUAAAUAGUACCAAGUUGUUGUCUGUGAUCACGCAGCCCAUGCAGCCUAUGCCCAUUCAUUUCCAAGAUGAAUUCAUUCAUUUGUUCAUUCCUAUCGUGUUUACAUUUUUUUUGUGAUAUGUAGGCCAUAUAAGCCUUUCAUAAAGGUGGUCAUCCGGAAUAGUAAGUGGGUCCGUGCGGUCCCUGAAAACUAUUGCGUGUCGGAGUGCUCCGCGGACAAUGCGAGCACCGAGGUCUAUAGGAUCCUCCAAGAACGGACAAGCCAUUUUUCGAGAGAGCACAUUGGUCAGUGGGCGGGGUUUUUGUCCUUCGUGAGUUCAAUCUGGAACUUAACCUGCCCCGGAACAGGUUAGCUUUUCAGCGUAUGUUGCCAUGGAGACCUGCCUCGCUAAGAAGUGAACCCGCGUCGUAGAACAGGAAACCCUGAACUUAUCCUCGAAGUUACCUCGCUAAGCAGUAAUCCUGCUUCGUAGAACAGGCCCCAGGUUGUUGCUUCAGGUUUUCAAAUUAAGUAGUUGAUUAAUAGUUAAAUAAGUUUAUUUUAAUUGUAUUCACCAGGUAGAAUCUGCAUGGUUCUGUUGCUUUUGCUGGUUGGUUUAUUCGGUUGGUUUAUCCAGGAGAAAACAGCACAGGCUGAUAAGAUUACCAAUGUCAAUAAUGACAUGAUAUCAUUUUUUCCCAUUGAAUAAAAUAAAACUCGUCAAUUUUUUUUUACAAAAUCACAUUUCAGAAUAUAAUUGAUUUGUAUAUUGCUUAAUUUUGAUAAACUGGAGGGUUACAGAACA